GUAGUGUAACCAUCGACAAAAACGAGAAGUAAUUAACAACAAAACCCUCUCACGAGAUAGCUGCGAAGGUACGUCUUGGUUACAUGAAGGGCUGAAGAGCGGUUAAUCACGUCAAGAGUCAGCUGUUCCGUAUCUGAUCUCAAACGUACGUUGAAAUGAAGUAUUGCUCAUUAGUCAUGAGGGGUUGAUUGUUUCUUCUUUCUUCACCGUACAACUAAAAACUUAUGGUAGUGAACGAGUGAUGCUGUCAGAGGUAGUUUUUAAUUAGAUUGCUGUCUAAUAGAAUUUUUAUUAGUUCAAGUAUUAGUAUUUUUUUUAAAAAUAGGCACAUUAGCACUUGAAAUUAGAUAAUUAUUUUCGACAUUUAUCUAAAUAUAUAUGAACAAAAAAAAGAUAUUCAGAAAUAUAUAUGUCGCUGGUCCUAGUGACUUGGGUAUAUACGGAUAUUCAUUGCUAAUAUAAUUGUAUGAGUUUUGUCAAUUUAGAAAGAUAGUUGUAUGAGCAAUAAAUCAUGAGAAUCAAAAAACCAUCAUUACGCCAAAGCAAAAAAAAAUAAACUAUCUUAAAAACCAAUGAGAUUAAUAAUAAAGAUAUAGUUAACGUUUAUUUCUCUUCUUAUUUGUGAUAAUAUCUAUGGAAUUAAACUCGUUAACAAAAAAUAUAAAUUAGAAACAUACUUGUGUUAUCUUCUAAUAUUUAAAAACAAAUGUGAUAAUAUAUCGGUUUUCCCUACUAAAUCUUAUUAAGUUUGCAUAUUUAGAAAACUAGUUGAUCAUGUGUUUAUGGAUAGAGGUCAAAAUUUACUAAAGAGGUUUUUUAAUUUCUUUAAUUGUUUACGAUGGAUGAUGGAGCCGGCGUCGUCCUUUAAUCAUGGUUAAAUGCCAUGUGACUGAUUAUAGAGGCGUCAAGACACAAAACUCUUGCUCAAAUAAUUCAGAUGCCAACUAGCGAUUGACCCAAAGAUUACAUAUAUUCAAAUUCUUCCUAAAAUUAUGCUUAAUAAUUUAAAAAUAAAAGAAUUCUAAUAAUUUUUUUAAUAUAUUAUAAAUGCAACCAUAUGAAUUACUUUGAUGAAACAUCAAAUUAAUUUUUGAAAUGAAAGUGUGAUAAUUCAAAUGCUAGUGCUACUAACUCAUCAUUUAAAAAAUGAGCCAAGAUGAAAAGACAGAUACUCCCAUAAUAAAAAAAAAAAUCAUCCUUACACAAGCAUUUGGGAUUAUGCAAGAGGUACGUAAAUGUUCUAAUUAGAUGAGUCAUUACAUACUGCCACAUCUCUCUAGUUGACGUCUUAACGAACACCCUAAUGAUUUAGGCAUUUUAGCUUGUCCUAUUCUAAUGAAUGAAUAUAUAUAGCAUACAAGACUAUAUAUAUUAGAUCAUCAAGAUAAUUAAUUAUCUUUUAUGAAAAGAAAAAGAUAAUUAAUUAUCUGACUAAAAUUAAUAUUCAUGAUCUCAAGACUCAAGAGAACAGAGCUAAAUUAGCAAUUACUAACAUAUUGGCAUCAUGUAUAUUGCAAGCUCACUAGGAAUUAAUGUAAACUCUCUUAAAAAACUAUGUUCAUAUAUUUCUAUUAGUAAUCUUUAUAUGUCAUUUAUUGUAUAAUCAAAGAGAUUUCGGAGUGAAUACAUACUUAAUCCAACUCUUUUUUUCUGAAAUAGCGAAUGUAAGUUAAAUUCCUGAUAAUAUUCGAAAUUAUGGGCUAACGGUUAGAACCAGCUUAUUUUAGUGUAACAAUCUAAAUCUGCGAAAAGCUGCUUCUUAUGAUUAAAUUAAUUCACAGUUGGUAUAACAGUGACAUGCUCUAAAAAGGAUUAAUAAAACAAUACAUUAACAACUCAAUUAUUGACAAUAUUACAGUAAAAUGAACAUGUUCGUGACCGUGACGCCCAUUUUAUUAGUUUUUUUAACAAACGCCCAAUUUAUUAGUUAUUAUAAAUUUUCUUACAUUUUGUUUCUUCCCGGAUCAUUAUAAAUAAUUUCCAGACAACUAUUAGAAAAAAAUUCAAAUAAGAUAAUUAUAAAUUACUUUAACUAAAGAAAGCGACAACCAUACAUAAAUUUUUUUUAAUAAUAGUUCGGAUUAGGUCUCAAUUUAUCCGAUGAAAGCAGUAUUAUGCAAAUACAUACAAAUUACUUGAACUUUAAUAAAUUCGUCGAAUCAAUUUUGCAAGUAAUAAUAGCGUAAUAAGGUAAAAAUGUCUGAUACUUUUCCAAUGACAUGGGUUUAUAGAUUUAACCUCAUCAUAUCAAGUAAGUUUUGCAUGCACAAAACCAAACUGUAUAUGAUGCGAACAACAGUUUUGGUGUCAUAACCAUAUUCCAAUAGCGGUUGUACCGUUGCAGAAUUUAGGUAAGACUGAAGUUUUGAUCAGAGCUACUUAUAUAUAAAAGAAAAGAUCGAUUCAUGAAUAGCUUCAAAGAAGUAGUGUCACUCAAAGGUAUAGACAUGGUUUUCAUAUAAUUUCAAAGUAAAAAAGGAAUAUCAUUGGUAUAUAGAAUUAUUAUUUAAAUCAAAACAUGUAAGGACGGAUUACACAUUUAAAGAAAUCUAGAUCUAAAGUCUGGAACUUCAAUUCCACCUUUAAUAAAAGAAGAAACAACAACAAUACCUUGCAAAUGCAAAUAUGUUCGAGUUUUCAGUACAUGACUAAGGUAUUGCCAUUAGUAUAUCUGAGUAAGCCUAUUUAUAAAUAUAUUUUUUGAAAAAGGGCUGCCUAUAUAUAUAUAAAUUUCUUCAAUAAUUUCAUAAGAUGAAUUAGUUAAUUAUGACAAGUCAACUUUCGAUCAUAUUCCAUAUUGUAAAAUAAAUCAUAAGUUAGAUUCAUUCUAAUUCGACCCCAAAAAAAAAAAUUUAGAUUCAUUCUAGUAAGUUGAGUUCUUCGUUUUGUCCCAUUUCGAUCUUGUUUAAGUAGUUGGUGAGGAGUGGUAACAUGCGGGUUGAGUUGUUAAAGAUAAACAUGCAUAGACGAUACAUACAUGGAAAUAGACAAUUAAUAUCGCAUUGUAUACAUAUAUAUGUAAGGAUUAUCCACGUACACAUUUUUAUAAAUGUAAAUUAAUUUAUCAAAUUUAAGUUCUUCCCGUUAUAAUACAUAUCUCUCGACUAAAAUAAAAUCCAAACCAAUUGUAAGAGUCAACAUCUCAUACGAAUUCAGCAGUGAUCAAUAUUAUACAUCUACGGUCACUGUAUCCAUCAAUAUAGACCAGUAGAUUACAGCUAAUUGUUUGAUUUACUUGAUUAUUAACACAAACGUAGAAAGAAAGAUUAAAAUAAUAACUUGAAACCUCACUUCAGCCUCCUCUCAAAUUGUCAAUAUCUUGAUGGAUUGUUGCAUCCACAUUCCUAACAGUUUCUCCUUCUUAUUUUAAUAUAUCAUUACACAUCAUCUUCAGAGUUCAGGCUAAACAUCACAUCAUUAGUAUAUUUAAAUAUCCCAAACUGUAUCAUACCCUUCAUUUAAAUUACUCGUUCCUUCUCCUAUAAGAAGAGGCUCCCUUCAAACCAAAACAAUAAAACUAAGAUUAGCCAUGGAGAAGAAGACUAACCAGACCAUCUUCUCUAUAUUUUCUCUUCUUCUCUUUUCUUCAUGUGUCUCUGCCCAGCUUCGGACAGGUUUCUACCAGAGAUCAUGCCCGAACGUUGAAAACAUUGUCCGUAACGCCGUCCGUCAAAAGUUUCAGCAGACUUUCGUCACCGCUCCAGCCACCCUCCGUCUCUUCUUCCACGAUUGCUUCGUUCGCGGAUGUGAUGCUUCGAUAUUGUUAGCAUCUCCGUCGGAAAGAGAUCAUCCAGAUGACAUGUCAUUAGCUGGAGACGGAUUUGACACGGUGGUUAAGGCGAAGCAAGCCGUUGAUAGAGAUCCUAACUGCCGCAACAAAGUCUCAUGUGCUGACAUUUUGGCUCUCGCUACACGUGAAGUCGUCGUUUUGACAGGAGGACCGAGCUACCCGGUAGAGCUAGGGAGGAGAGAUGGCAGGUUAUCUACGAAGGCCAGUGUACAACACAGUUUACCGCAACCCGGUUUUAACCUUAACCAGCUCAACACCAUGUUCAACCGUCACGGUCUCUCUCAAACCGACAUGAUCGCCCUCUCAGGAGCGCACACUAUCGGAUUCGCACAUUGUGGGAAAUUCUCAAAGAGAAUUUACAAUUUUAGCCCUAGAACCCCUAUUGACCCGAGUUUGAACCGUGGCUACGCGUUUCAGCUUAGGCAGAUGUGUCCGAUACGUGUUGACCCAAGGAUAGCGAUCAACAUGGACCCAACAUCGCCACGUACUUUCGACAACGCUUACUUCAAGAAUCUCCAACAAGGGAGGGGUUUGUUUACGUCUGAUCAAGUCUUGUUCACGGACCGACGGUCUAGAGCUACGGUUAACAUGUUUGCCAACAGUGAAGCAGCUUUUAGGCAAGCUUUUAUUUCGGCCAUCACGAAACUGGGUCGUGUCGGGGUUAAGACUGGUAAUGCUGGUGAGAUUCGAAGGGAUUGUUCACGUGUUAAUUAGUCUGAUUUGAGGGUUUUUUUGGUUUGUUUCUUUUAUUCCUUAAAAUAAAAAUAAAAUUUCGUAUUGGUUUUUGAAAUAAGGAGUUCAAAAGUGUCUAAUGGAAAAUUCAAUUAAUAAUAAGAUGGUUUUAUUUCACUUCGA